UAUUUAAUGAGUGAAAUAUUUAAUUAAUAAUUGAUAAUAUCUUUUUCCUCUUAAAAGUCAUUCUACCGAGUUAUACAAUGAGUAAUAAAAAAUAAGAAUUUAAAAAGAAAGUAACAAUCGAAUAGUGCUCUACGGCGCAAUACCAAACACGAAACUAAUAUCUUGACUUCAAACAUAAAACACGGUGGCGUAGCAUUACAAAUAUGUCGAUAUUUAUUAAAUGAUAGGAAAAACUUGUGAAUUUACUUUAUAACUAUCAAAAUAAUUUUUUUAUGUUUCGGUUAUGUGAUGCCAGUAAGCAAUAAGAUAGAAGCGCGGGUAAAAACUGUAAAUUUUAAUAUAAGAGGAAGAUCAGCCAUCCAAACAGAAUUUCAGGAUGAUAAUAAAUUUUUAACAAUAGCACCAGCAUUACCAGUUUUACCUGGAACGUUUACACCGCUUAAAUUAUCAAAACGUUCCUAUCAAUCUUUUAGUUCUAUAGGAUCAUCUUUUAAUUUGGAAUCCUCUGAAGUUGAAAGUUGUAAUGCAGUUACGUUACAAUGGACAGGAGAAGGAAAAGCAGUCACUGCAAUACGAGCAUCUACAGAAAGAGAAAAAAAUCCUGAUAGAAUAUCUCUCGAUAGAAGAGGUUUGACUGUGUUCCCUAAUAUAGUAGGAGAAUCGAAGUUACGAUUAAUUUCUUUACAACACAAUCUUCUUACAAAGAUUGAAGGAUGUAAUUUUGCACAGUUAACAAAACUAGUAUUUCUUGAUUUAUAUGAUAAUCAAAUAGAAAAGAUCUGUAGUUUAGAAUGUUUAGAAAACUUAAGACUCCUUUUAAUGGGUAAAAACAGAAUUAAAAAGAUUGAAGGAUUGAUGCAACUUUGCAAACUUGAAAUUUUAGACCUACAUGGUAAUCAGAUAGUGCAAAUAGCAGGUUUGAAUGGCCUUUCGUCUUUGAAAGUCCUAAAUUUAGCUGGAAAUAUUAUUAAAACGGUAGGAUGCAAUGAUUUCCAUGGUCUGACAUCCUUGAAAGAAUUAAAUCUGAGACGUAAUAAAAUAAAAAAGCUUUUAGGAUUUGAAGAUAUACCACAACUGCAGAAAUUAUAUUUAAGUAACAAUGAUAUAUACAAGAUAGAAGACAUGGGAAGUGUAGUAAAAGCAUUCCAAAUUAAAGAGAUUUCAAUUGAUGGAAAUCCAAUAACUUUAAACAGUGAUUAUAUAUCCUUUCUUGUAUCUUACUUACCAAGUCUUCAAGUAUUAUCAUCAAUGCAGAUUACUGAACAAAUUCGUAGAACUGCUAUUGCUUGGAGAACUGCAAAGGAGCAAGCUAAUUCAGCUUUUUUGGAUCUUAGUACACAAGUAUGUAUGAAUGUGCAACGAGAAGAGGUAAUUUCUAAUGCAAAAACGAAAUGGGAGUUUUUGAGAUCAAAAAGCAAGUCUUCUACUACCAAUGACAAUAAGAUGAAUAAUUGCAAAAUUAAUAAUAGCAAUAAUACACAUAUACUUAAUUCAAACAAGCUUAAUAUUACUAAACCGAAAAGCUUAAAUAAAGGAAGGCUGAAAGGAUUUGGAAGUUUAACAUCUAUAAACGAAAACGUAGAAGCAACAAAAAUACAAAUAAAGAAAAGAAGUAACUCUACUGAUAAUCUACUUAAACUAGAAGAUGCUGCUAAAGCAUAUCCAUUAGAAUUUAAACUUCCACCUAUUCUAAGUUCCAUAAUUGACAAUUUAAUGAAUAAUAAGUUUAAUGAAAAUUUGUUGAAACUUGGAAAUAAUUUAGGAACAUUGAAUGAUGUGACAAGCGGUGCCAAUAGUGAAUCUGAAAGUUCAGAAAGUCAUGAAAGCUUAAAAAGUGGUUUACGCUGUCAUUUAAUACAUUCAAGUAGACGCACAUCCCCUGUUGAUUCUGAAAAACGUUCUAGACAGAAUAAAUCUACAAAAGAUGUAGAUUUAUCUUCUACAUCAAAAACAUUUACAAAUAUGAAAAAUCAUGUUACUGAAUCAUCAGUUUUCAAGAAUCACAAAACUACCAUACAAUUUACCGAUUAUAAUGUGACAUCUAAUAUUAAAGAAGAUUUAUCCGCAAAAUCAUUUCACGGAGAUAAAAUAUCCAAACAAAAUAUUCCAAAUGAUUGUGAAUCAAUUCAAUCUAAAUCAAAUAUUAAUCACGUUGAAUAUUAUUCAGUAAGAGAUUCGGAAAAAGAUAGACAAAGAGUAAGAAGUGCACAAGUAAAAAAAAUAGUUCAUUACAAAAGUAACAGAGCAGCUACUGCUAGAGUAAAAUAUAGAGCUACAGCAUCUCCAAGUCCAAUGCCACAGCAAAUUUUACCAAGAGAAAGAGAACAAGGUAGUGAUUAUUUAAUUGAGAUCAUUGGUCGUUGUCUAAAUGUUUUUGGACAAGGCGCAUUACGUUUUAUUGAUCGUUCAUGGGAUACUUUAAAAGCAGAAGAUGUUAAUGUAGUUAAAUUCAAUUAUGUUCAGUUUAAUAGCAUAACUUUGAUUUUAAGUAAAUUGAAGAAUCGAUUUCCAAAUGUAGAACAUUUUUUAUUCAAAGAAACUAAUAUCAGUCAUCUAGGACAGAUUAAUGCUUUAGCCGAAGUGCAAGGUCUUGGAAGUAUUCGUAUAGAGGCAGAAGGGAAUCCAAUAAUAUCAAAAAAUUGGAGAUCUUAUACUAUAUUUCGCUUAGCACAUUGGGGACUUCACACUAUCAAUGGCAAAGAGAUUACUAAAGAAGAAAUAGAACAUGCAGAUCAAGAAUAUGCUGGAUUGAUAGAUAUUGUAAUACGAUCACUGCCAGAUUCUUUACUGCAACCAUUAUUACAAAGACUACAUUUAGAAAAGGUUCAAAGACAAAAUGGGGAGCAAGUUACUGCCAAACAAUUUCUAUUUAACAGCGAUCCAGCUCUUAGAAGUGUCGUUGGAAAAGAAGCCCUUCAAUGGAGGAAGGGGAGUGUGACACAAGAGGAUCUCAUUUGGAGACACAAAGGAAAAGUGCAUUUAUUAAAUUUAAUUGAUCUUACUGUUGAUGCCAUUGAAAAAUUACAAAUACUUGAAAAUGAAUGGCCAAACAUCUUAAAUAAAAUUAUUUACCAGGCUUUGUCUGAUUUUUCAGAAAUGGACACAUACAUGAAACAAUGCAGUAAAAUGCUUGAAAUUGAUAAGUAAUAUAUUAAUUACACAUAAUUAUAUCCCAUUUGAACACGAUCAGUUAAAUAUAUAUUGCUAUGAAAAAUGUAGUAAAUGUGUAAUAAUUGGUAAUAAUUUCUUAUUACAUAUAUUUGAUUCAAUAAAAAUUUCUAUAAAAUGGGAUGUGAUCAAAUGCUAAGUACUGUAUAAUUAAUAAUUGUGAAAGGACAAGUUUGCUAUAUAUAUUACAAUUGUUAAUGUUCCUGUAUUAAAGGAGUUUAUUGUGAUGUUAUAACACAAAAGAACGAAUUUUACAUAUAUAAUCUUAAUGCAGAUCUUAUGUAUAUAUAAUAUAGACUUGUAUGUAACACUUAACAACGAAUAUAUAAAUAUUUUAUAGAUCUUUAAGGUCUUCAAUUU